GACUGCAUAGCUGCGAGCUUUUGACCAUGCAACGUCUAGGAAUCGUCUCCCUCUUGUCCAUUUUAAGCGUGAUAGAUCCCAUACAUCAAACGGACACCAAGUUUUAUCAGAAUCGAAUUUUCAAGCCAGCAGAUGUUACAUUAGGGGGUCUUUUUGAUGUCCACUUCAAUGGACCCAACGAUGACUGCGGCGAGUUGUUUACUAUGGGCCUUGGCCAUGUCGAGACCAUGUUGUUCGCCAUUGAACGCGUCAACAACGACUCUACCAUCUUACCAAACGUCACUAUCGGUUAUGACAUUCGAGAUUACUGCGAAAACGCAGCAAUAGCCAUGAGAAUGGCGAACGACUUGGUUCAAAACACUGAUGCAGUCUGUCGGGCAGAUAAGAACCGCACGUUGGAUGACAAUUCUUCACCUACGCAGCCAGUGGUUGCUCUGAUAGGCCCGCACGACUCGGCAGGCGCUGUUCUGGUAGGAAGUCUUCUCCAAGUGCACGAAAUCGCUGCAAUCAGCCCUACAGCCACAAGCCACGAACUCAGCUCCAAAAUGUACCAGGAUUUUUUUCGCACAAUCCCUUGCGAUAUGUGGCAGGCGAGAGUCAUGGCCGACAUUAUCGAGCAUUUCAAAUGGACCUACAUCGCCGCUGUCGCUAUCGAUGACUCGUACGGACGUCAGGGUGUUUGGGCGGUGGAAAAAGAGAUAUACCGACGAAGAACCUUUUGCAUCGCUUUUUCCGAGUUUAUUCCAAGACUAGACUACCAGGAAAAGCUCGUUCAAAUUGUUAUUAAGCUCAAACAACAGCAGAACAUUGGAGUCGUACUUGUGUGGUUAUCAGGCGGGUAUGCAAGAGCUUUUCUCCACGAGACACACAAACAAGGCGUUCGCGACCGUACUUGGCUAUUUAGCGACGCUAUGACCGCCGAGGAAAGCGUGCAUCUUGACCCGCGCUUUGCAGGACUCGAUGGGUCACUUGGAGUUCAGCCUCAAGACUUCCGACACUUACCCUUUGAUGAACAUUUGAAGCACUUAACACGAAACGCAACAUUGAAGAGAAAUUCGGCAUGGUGGGAUGAGUUUUGGACACAGAUCUGUAACCAAACACUGUCUGAUUGUAAAGACAACAUUUCUUCACAUCAUUUGAUUAGGCAAUUUCGCAGCUCAUUUGUUCCGUACCUUUUAGAUGCCGUGUACGCAGUAGCUCAUGCUCUCGACAACAUCUACAAAUGCGUUGAACCGAACGGUCUUCUGCCUGAAGGAAAAUGUCCUGGUGUUAUACCCGUGAAUGUUAGAAAAAGCCUCCCAAACUACCUUAAGAACGUAAGUUUUCACGGAGCCACUGGCAAAGUGCAAUUCAACCAUUUUGGAGAUCGAUUAGUGGCCUCCUACGAUAUCAUCAAUUUUCAGCGAAACAAACAGCGAGAGAAAAAGUACGAAAAAGUUUCGGUUGGGUCUUGGAUGAAAGACAGGAAUCCACAACUAACACUAAAUUCAAAUGUAGUAUGGAACACACUUUUAAAUCAAAGUGCUCCGCGGUCAAUCUGCGCUAAAGACUGUUCUCCAGGAACCAGGCAGUCGCCAACCACGCCUUGCUGCUGGAAGUGUAUCAGGUGCCCGCUGGGCAGCAUAAGCACGCGUCACAACUCUCGUAAUUGCACCGAAUGCUCACAAACACAGAAAUCGAACGAAGAACGAACGCGCUGUGUUGAUUUACCAAUACUACGCAUGCAAAUGAACAGUGUAAGUGGUGUACUUGUAGCAGUUUUCUCUGCUGUCGGACUCGUCCUGACAUUCGUCACCUGGGGCACCUUGGCGAGGUAUUUCAACACACCCGUAGCUAAGGCGGCCGACAGAGAAAUGAGUUUGAUCCUCUUGGUAGGGAUCACUUCUCUGUUUGUCAUACCUCUGUUGAAUCUCUCCGAAUCGGCCAACACAAUCUGCUGCUUCAGUCACUGUGGACGUAUGACGAUUUGGAUCAUGUGCGUUGCCGUGCUUCUUGUAAAGACGAUGCGUAUUGUCAGCGUGUUUCAAGGUCACAGCGUCGUGCGGAAUGCCAAGCCCUUUACCGCCAAAGCCAGUACACAGAGAGCUCUCCUGGCGACUCUUACCGCUGUUCAGAUAGGUUUAACGGUAGUUUGGCUCAUUACUGGCCCGCCUUACAAGAAAAUCACCAUCACUCAUCUGCAGCACAUUUCGAUUGUAUGCAAGGCAUAUUCUACCCUUAUUGGAAAAAACAUCUUGCUCGCAAACAUCGCGUACGGAGUUUUUCUGUGGCUGUUUUGUGCGUAUUACGCUUUCAGGGUGAGAAAUAUCCCCGAAAACUUCAAUGAAGCGAGGCGCAUCGGCUUCUCCAUGUAUAUUUUAUUUCUCUCCGUAAUAUCAUAUUAUCCGGUAGCGCUCGCGAUCGAAGGAUGGUACAUAACUGUGCUUGAAUGCGCCACAAACAUCACCAGUGCCUUAGGCUUCUUACUCUGUAUUUUUGCACCGAGAAUUUAUAUAAUCCUGUUUAAGCCGAGACAAAAUACAGUGUUUGUUUCUAGAGCACAAGUUGCUAACUAUACGUUUACAACGGCGAAAUACAGCGGUGCACUUGGUAACGGUUAAAACAAACAAACAUUGUAAAGACAUAAUGGCGUCAGGCUGGUUUGAAUAUGUCUAUGCCCUCACUCCACU